GGUUUGGCGCGCGGGGCCACUUUGAGCUUCAUUGUGGAGCGUUAGGCCUAGGACUGUGGGGGAGGGCGUCAAGGUACUAAAAUCAAAAGCUUUGUUCUCGAGGCUUCUUUCACACCAUGAAGGCCCUGAAUCAGCAUUUAAACCUAGGGUAUGUGUGUAUUAUGCUUCAGAAUGAUCUGAGAAAGAGCAGGAAUUCUUCAAAACGUGAACUUUGAGAAGAUUUUUAACUAUGUGCCUGAAUUGAAGAUUGAGGCUGAUAUACCGUUUGUGCGUCUGUAGCUGAUGGUGAAAGACAGGCGUGCUCACUUUCAAAUGUCCAAGGGGACAGAACAGCAAGUCUUUGAAGGAUUGAAUCCGAGUUCACUUUCUAAUUCACGCCCCCACUUCCUGCUCCCUGGAAACCAGACCUCAUUAAGACUCCCUGGCCGAUGGAGGAGUCGGAUGACGAUUUUAAAGAGCUCUGGUCCAACCUUCCAAGGGUGAGGAAGAAGGAGGCCAAAGAAUGGGAGGGAGGGACAAGGACUCAAAAAGAAAAAAGCAGUGUCCAGCCAAAAAGCCGACUGAGAAGGACCAAAGUCUCUGAUAAAAGCGGUGUUGGCAAAGACUCCAGAGGGAAGACGGUUGUCUUCCAGCAGAAACCAAGCAAGGGAGACCAGGCCCUGGGGAAUGGAGAGCCAAAGGAAGCCACUUCCCACGCAAGUGAAAACACUCCAGUUCCCGAUGGAAAGGGAGAUGUGCCGUCUACUGCUCAGAGAGAGUUGGGGCCACAGGGUAGCGAACAAGACAACUUGACAGUGGCUACGAUAAAUGGCCAUGCCCACGAAGCAGCCACCCAUUCAGCUGUGGUGGUUCCACCGCAGCCAGCUACCAUCCGACCCCGAGCAGCAGAGCUGGUCCUGCAGAGAAUGCAGCGCUUUAAGAGAGCAGAUCCGGAGCGGCUGAAACACACUCCUGGAGAUUACUCUGCUGCGGAGGCUGUAUUUGAAGCCCACGGCCCAGACAUUGGCCAAGCAGAUCCCUUGGAAAAUGAGAAAGGACCCGGACUUUCGACCAUGGAGAGCGAUGCCGCUCUGGCUUUGGCUCUGCAGCGAGAGUUUGGACAGGAAAGACCUUCGGAGAAUUCAGACAGCCUGGAGCAGAAGGGCUUGUUUUUCUGUCAGAUCUGUCAGAAGGAUCUCUCUGCUAUGAAUGCCACGCGGAGGGAGCAGCAUGUGAACAGGUGCCUGGAUGACGCAGAGAAGUCCCCGGAGGCCACUUCUAACUCUCCACGGGUCCCCGACUGCCCAAUCUGUGGCAAGCUGUUUGUAUCCUUCAAGAGCCGGACCAACCAUAUGAAACGUUGUGCAGUCAAAAUGGAGGUUCCCCCGCAAGUCCUCCUCCAGGCCGUCCGACUGCAGGCCUUGGAAUCUGACAGCUGCCCGCCAGCCCUGAGAAAUCCAGAUGGCAGAGCAAAGCGGAAGGGGUCAACCAAGGAGAGAGAGCCCCACAAGAGGCGGAAGACAUCCAAGACGGAAGUCAUGUCAGAGGACCUCUUGGUAGCCAUGGCAAUGUCGCGUUCACUGCUGGAGGAAGCCAAGACUGUACUGAAUGUUAAAAUGGAAAGUGGUCUUCCAGACAAAAUCAAGCCAGGAGCAGAAAAGAAAAGUCGUAAGAAACAACCCGGGCCUCCACCUCCACUAUUAGUUCAGGACCCAGCAACAACCCUAAGACAGAUACAGGAUCGUGUCGCUGGGUUGUUCACUGAGGAAGUGGAACUAUCCAGUACUCCUCCACUACGCGAGAGCAGAAUUUUGGACGAAGAGAUGGGUAGAGCAGAUUGGUGUCUGCCCCAGCCCCAAAGAAAGCAUCUCUGGGAAGGCAGCGCUUUGAGCGGAGACUGGGCCUUGGAGGCUUUUUAUGCUGCAGGAUUAGUUCCUCCCAUUCUUCCUUGGCAGCCCCUGAAGAGUCUUAAAGAGGAGCCCAUCUUGCCAUUAGUGGCGACCGACAAGCUCAAGCUUCCUGCUGCUUCCGAGGGCUUCGGAUCCCAAACGUCUGACGAGCCUAUCGUCAAAAGUCAGUCGUCCUCCUGCAGCCGGGAUCACCAGGUUUUCCAGGACCUGGUGGAUCUGGCAGGGGAGGGACUGACCCUUACUCAGUGGAACCUUCCUGGUUCUGGGGAACCCUCAGGGAAAGAUCUGAUGUCUGAUGACAUCCCAUUGACUGGAUUUGUCGCCUCACCCAGAGAGAAGCAGCAUCAGGAAAGCAGCAGCGAUUUACUCGUACUUAGUUCGCUGGCUUCUGACUUGGGUGCAAUGAUCAAUAACCCCCACCUGAGCGACGUCCAGUUCCAGGUGGACUGCGGUGAAGUCCUCUAUGCCCACAUGUUUGUGCUGUAUGCUCGCUGUCCUUGUCUUGUUCAAAUUAUUCACAGCGAAGGCUUCUUGGUUGAGGAAGAUGGGGAUUUGCGAAGUCGGCGGGUCCUGCUGAAUGAAGUGACCAGCGAAGCAGUUCUUGCUUUCCUGCGGUAUCUCUACGCUGCUGACACCUCCGUUCCUCCCCACCUGCUUUCUGAUUUGGCUUCUCUAGCUGUCAGGUUUGGUGUGAGUGAACUUGUUGAUAUAUGUGAAAGGGGUCCCAAGUCUAUGGGUGCCGAGUCAGAGGGGGAUGUGUUUUGUUUGGAAAACGAAGACGAGACUUGCGAAACCAGAGCCGACCAUUUCCAAGAACUCUUAAGGUCAAUGUGGGUAGAGGAAGAGGAGGAAGGCGGAAUUUCAUCGAAACCUGAAGAUCGGGAAGAGGAAGAUGCCGAAACGAUAAAUGAGGAUGAAAUGGAAGAAAUUUACGAAUUUGCUGCCACUCAGCGAAAGAUCCUGCGGGGUCAGAGUGGUCCAGAAGAAGUCAUCAGAAGUGAGACAGAAGAAGGUGAAGAGGCUGAGCAGCCAGGAGAGGAAAAGAUUCAGGUCUCCGAGUGUCUGCGAGCAAGCAACCAAGUGAAAGAAGUAAACUUGGAUCGUGUUGAGUCACCAAGACUGAUAAAGGAAAACCAGGAUUGUACUGUAGGUGACAGCUUAAACGCUGAACAAUUCACUUUGUCUAGUCAGGGUAAACCUUGCAAUGGUGGGGAUUGUGGAAGGCCCCCUGGAAAUGAUACUUCAGUCAAGGCAACUGAGGAGGAGGAUGACUCAAGCUCAUCUGAAAUUGCCUGGGAAGGCAAGGCAGGUGGCCCUGGGGAACUACCCUCCCCACAUUUGACCCCUGAUGCUGAGCUUGAGAACAGCUAUGUUCGUCUGUUCUCGGUGACCCAAGGAGAAUACAAUGAACCUUCCCAAACCAACAGUGAUCCGGAAAAGCCAAAGGAGUCAGUUGCCCCGCAAAAGUCCGAAGCUUGUAAUUCACCCGACAGCCGUCAAUCCUCAUCACCGGAGCCAGAAUUUCUACUGUCUAAGAGUAACUGUGUUAAAAGUUCUCCUGUCAAGUCUCCUCUCCCUCCUCUACCUCAGAUCACUUCAUCCCCUUUAUUUCCUACAUUAAAAAGACUGUUCUCUAGCGUAGCUUCCCAAAUCCAACUUUCUCCAGGUCCAGCAGCAAGGCGCAAGAAAAGUAACAGUUUUCUCACCCAGUGUGAUGACUUGGUCCAGCAGAAUGAGAGUGACCGUACCCACACAUCAGGAUGUCAGAUUACCCAGUCACUGACUUCUCCAGUAAAGUCACUGUCCAUUGACCUAACUGAACCAAAAUCCGUUUCAAGGCAGUCCCCACUGGUCACCAGGUCUCAGAAUUCUACAACCAGAGCGAACCAGGAUGAUGACAUUAUCCUGCUGUUGGAUUCCGAUGAAGAAACAGAGCAAGAAGAAACCCACGUGCAAGCUCUCCCUGCCGGUUUCCCGGGAGAAAAGGAAAUGCCCCAGUCUCUGAUGGGUAACCUAAAGAUGAAAGAUGAUCCGGAUUCAUCUGGACCACUUUCAGCUUUUGAUACCGAUGAGAACCGCAGACGCUCUUCAUGCUCCGUGCGAGGUGCAUCUGGGGUGCUCAGAGAUGGCGUUUCGGGGAUUUUGAGAGCCAGCCAGUCGAAUGGGCAGAAAGAUGGCUGGAUGGAUGGCAAACUGAAUCUGGUGAGCCCUGAGCUUGAAAGGACUCAUGAGGCGAGCAGUUCCACUGACACCUCAUGGCUCAUACCAGCCACCCCCGUGGCUAACAGAAGUCGAGAGUGCUCGGUCCAAACCCAGAUCACGAGCGUCAGAUCCAGGUCCCGGGCUUCCACUCUGAUGGCUAGAGAUCACCCACAAAGGACUGAAACGUCAGUCGGAAACGGGUGUGGUAAAGAAGCGACAAAAGACUUGUCCGUAAGAAGUCCGCAAACAGCGUCCCGUCUGUUAUCCGUCAUUUCAAAAAUCAGCCCACUCUCGGAAGACUGUGGCAGCAAGGGGCAACCUAGUGCAAGCUCUUCAAAUCACUAUUCAGAGGACCAGAAAUCCACUUCUCCUGUGGCAUCAAGUCCAUCGUCCUGUGAGAGGGCGGGUUUAGUUGGUGAGCCUCUGAAUGACCCACCUUCACCUCAGGCAAGGCUCUCGCACGCUGAAGAGACCCUGCCAGUGGCCCACGGUGAAGUGGUAGAGGUCGAGGAUAGCGAGGAAGAAGAGGAAGCUGCCCCAUCUCUUCCAAACGCGAGCUUAUUUCUGGACAACGACCCCCCAGUUCCCGUUGACGAUGACUGCUGGGCAGUUGAUUGUUUCUCCCCAGUUCCGUUGGACAGCUUGGACCCUAAAAGAAUUGGCCCCCUGAAGACCAGUAGCCCCAGUGGCAGAAUUCGUGGUGCUUCAGAUGACAGGCAGUCGAGUUCCCCCAGAUCUCCGAAGGGAGCGGACAGCACUCCUUUAUGUGGAAAUCCUGCUGAUAGGAAAAAUCCCAUGCCCAGGGGGGAAGAGAGGGCCCUGCCAUCAGGCUCCCCAGAGGACAGCCGAGGCAGCCUGUUGAAUUCAGCCAUUUGGGAGGAUUGGAAUGGAGAGGAUGAAGACUUGCCAGUGGUGCUUCCUCUGUCCCAAAGACUGCUGGGAGCUGAGCCUCCGCGGGAAACUGAGGUGCUGAAGACUCCAAAAGUUACUGAUCCCAAGAAAAAUUUGCCCCCCAAAGUUCCCAUAACCCCAAUGCCAAGAUAUUCCAUAAUGGAAACUCCGAAACUGAAGAAAGAGCUUGACAGAUUUGGAGUCCGUCCUCUCCCCAAACGCCAGAUGGUCCUGAAACUGAAGGAGAUCUUCCAGUACACUCAUCAGAUCCUGGAGUCUGACUCGGAAGAGGAGGUCCCUUCCUCCCAAGUGCCUCCGCAGAAAGUUCCGGCUGGGCCUUGCUGCCUUUCCCAGACUUCUCCAUGCACCUUGGAUCAGGAGGACCCCUAUGCAGCUUCCUCCAGCAGUUCCCUGCCCAGCCUGGAGAAUGGCUGCCCGCAGGCAGCAGGAGACUCCUCCAGAGCCAGCCAGCAGAGGCUCAGGAAUACCACCAAGACCAGAGGCUCCCGAGUUGCAGAGAAACAGCCGAGCCCAGCGAUUCUGCCACCCCCCAAAUCUCCAGCCAAGGAGGUGCUCCCUGACCCCGAAGAAGACGGUCAGCCCUCUGCGUCCCAGAGCUCUAGUGCGUCCUCCGGGGCUGAAAAUGACUCCUCCUUUGGUUCGCAAAGUUCUUCCACCAGUGAGUUCGGAGCAGGAUAUGUGUCCGAAGGGGAGGAAGAAGUAGCAGCAGAAGACAUCACUGCCUCCCAGGCGGCUUUGCUGGAGGCAGACAAGGAGGAAGCCGUGAGGCGAUACAUCCGGUCCAGCCCUGCCUUGUACCGGAAGAUCCUGCUUUACCAGCCUUUGGAGCUGGGCGAACUGCAGGCCGAGUUGAAGCAGAAUGGCAUUAAAUUGGCUGCGGGAAAGCUGCUGGACUUUUUGGACACUCAGGGCAUCACGUUCACCACGGCCAGAGCCCGGAAGGAGAAGCUGGAGAAGAAGCAGCGGCGGAAUCCUGGGGCCAAGAAGAGGGGAAGACGGUACUGAAGGGCGACUUCCUCCCAGGAGCUUCUGUAAUCCCCUGCUUCUGGACUUCUCCAAAACCAGGCUUCCCACGCGAAGGAUCUGCCCCCAGGGGAGCGAGAGCUGCGGACUGAGGAGGUCUCCCAUGGCAAGAAAGCAUUGGACUCCAUGCAGAGCCCCUUGGGUGUCUGGGGGCGGCUUUAUAAGCCAGAGCUGAGUUGCCCACCGAAAAACCUGGACGAGUAUUCAAGGAAGAAUUCAUCAUCCUAUCUCACGUCUACUACCCGGGCCAAAGCACCCGUCGCUAAUGGCAAGCGUUCCAAUAGAUUUUUCAAGUCUCUAUUUUAUAUCUCUCUAUAUAUUAACUGUGUGUGUGUGUGUUUGUGUGCGUGCAAACCUCUUCCCCUUAUUAGAUUCUGUCCUAACCUAGCCCCGUUUUCUUCUUUUUUUUAAAAAAAAGAAUGCUUUUAGGUGCCAGCUCCUCGUAGCAAUCCGGCUUUUCUGAUACACUUUCCUAGAGGCUUUCCUUACCGAGUGCCAGCUGGAAUUUUUCCAAGUUGGCCCCAGUAGAGCAGGUCGGAUGUGUGUCAGUCGCCAGAAUAGAGAAUGUUUGUAAAUUCCACGUUUACAUGUUAGGGUUUUCUUCAGCUUCAGGAGGUGUGAUUAAACCCAUGGUAAAAUACAGAGGACGAGGCUGGAAAGAAGGAAAAAAAGAUUUUUGUGUUUGUGAGACCCAAACAAAUGCCCUUAUUUCUAUUUAAAUGUAGCGCAGGCAGGGUUUUAUGUCAUGUACAUUAUGUGCAAUAAAAUCAAACAUUUCGUAAGAAAA